GGACAAGUGAGCAUGUCACCUAACCUAAUCCGUGAGACCACUUGAACGAGUCGGACAUAUGUCUCGUUUCAUUUCAAUACGUUUUCAUGUACCAUUACGUAUGCUUGCGUAACAUGCCCCAAUCGUAUCACUUUCUGAGGUGAGGCAAAGAGGUGGAGCGUGCUCUUAAUUGAUCCAUGGAGUAUGCUCUAACUCGACGCGAACAUCUAGUCUCGCCAUAUUGGAUCCGGUGACGAACGUAUUGGAGCGUGCAUGUUGGACGCGACAAAUCUCUGGUUGUUAUGCCGAUUGUAUGUGAGGUUAGACACAAUUAGGUGGGUAAUGAAUGUGUCAGUCCAUGUGAGUGAGUUUAAUGUUUGCUUGAUACCGACGUUUUCGCAAAAUGACACAAGUUGCGCAGGAGGAUAACGAAUUAAAAAGAUUGCUCAAUAAUCCAGCCAAGAACGCUCCAAGCGAAGAUGGAUCCAUGGCACCACCGUUAUCGACUAAUGUGCCGAGACCAAGCACGUCGCAAAGUACCAACCCGCAAUCGAUGAUGAUUCCGACAACACCAGUUAAUAGCACGAAAGAAAUUCCAGAGCCUUGUUUACAAAAUGUAGUCUCUACAGUUAACUUGCAAACAGAAUUGAAACUUAUGUACAUUAAUGUAAGAACUAGGAAUUCUGAAUACAAUCCAGCUAGAUUUACCGGAUUAAUAAUGAGGAUACAAAAUCCUAGAGCAACAGCGCUGAUUUUCCGCUCUGGUAAAUUAGUAUGUACUGGUGCGAGAAGCGAACAAGAUUCAUUUUUGGCGGCAAAGAAAUUUGCCAGGAUAAUUCAGAAACUUGGAUUCCCUGUUAAGUUUUCCAGUUUUAAAAUACAGAAUAUAGUUGCGACAUGUGAUUUGAAAUUCCCAAUUAAGUUGGAGCUUCUAUAUCAAUUUCAUGGUCAAUUUUCUAGUUAUGAGCCAGAGUUAUAUCCGGGUCUAACGUACAGAAUGUAUUCACCUAGAGUUGUAUUAUUAAUAUUUGUAAAUGGUAAAGUUGUGUUAACAGGAGCAAAGAAUAGAACUGAAUUACAAGAUGCAUUAAAUAUUAUAUAUCCGACAUUAAAGAUGUAUAGAAAGCAAUAAUAUUACUUAUUUACAAAAUAAAUGUCAAAUAAAAUAACAAGAGACAUGUAAAUAUAAAAAUUAAUUAUAUAAUAGU